AUGGAAUUCUUGAAGGCAGAAGAUAGUCAACAAGCAGCUGCAGAUAAAAAUGAUAUUUUAGAUCGAGAAACGAGAUUGAACCCCAAAUUUUCACACCGUUUUGUUGGUAAACGAUUCUCCUCGGAUGACGAUAUCGAACUUGCGAGAAGAUUGAGCGCCAAAUUUCAGCAUCGAUUUGUGGGGAAAAGACUUGCAGAUGAAGAUUCCGAAGAACUGGUCGAUCCCGAGGAUAAAAGAGCACCAAGUUUUACACACAGAUUCGUUGGCAAACGCUACAACCCUAAAUUUCAACAUCGAUUUGUCGGUAAAAGAUUAGCUGAUGAUGCAUCAGAUCUGCUUGAGUCAUUGGAACAGCUUGAAGAUGGUGAUGACGUAGACAAGCGAGCCAAUCCACGAUUCUCACACAGAUUUGUUGGGAAAAGACUCUCUAAUUACAUCAGUCGUAGAUACAGUCCACGAUUUACUCACAGAUUCGUCGGUAAAAGAUUAUCAGAGGCACUUCAACUCCGUCUCAGUCCGCGAUUCGGAUACAGAUUCGUUGGUAAAAGAUAUAAUCCUAAAUUCAACCAUCGCUUUGUUGGGAAAAGAAGUGAAAUGAACGACAACAUGGCUGACGAGAGCGGCAGUGACCCUGAAUUAUACUCAAUUCAAGGACUUGACAACCAAGUGUUAUAG